AUGGCAACUGACCUGACCAAAAAAGAAUUUGACAUACUCGCAAUUGUUGUCAACUGUUCUCCCCCAAGAUAUGUUGCGACUGUGGAAAAAAGAUUGCAAGAACUCAUUGUUGUCGAUAUGUUCAAACAAAAUCUUACCUUCACUAUAUGGGAAGAGGGAAUUAUAGAAAACGAAGGUAGGAAAUUGCUGCACCAAUUCCGAGAAUAUCCUGUAAUCCUUGCUCGCCGUAUUGGAGCGUCAAGAUAUAACGGUGUGUCGCUGACAACAAAAUUUGACACAACAAUUCAGAUUGAUCCACCUUAUCCACAACGCCGAGAACUACAAGCAUGGGUCACUGAGAACCGCCAAAUACUUACCUCUUUCACUCUCAGAAGUACAUCCACAUCAGGAUUUCUUCUCUCUGUUCGCAUGGAUGAAGAAAUAGUACCUAUUGCAAGCAUUGGCUCGCAACAAGAU